UAAAGUUCAUAAUGUUCAGAACUCCAAUAUGUGCUCUUUUCGGUCGGUAUCCAUCACAAUGCAUAAAUUUCAUGAAAUCAAGUGGCUUCCACACUACAACAUUUCUGAAAAAAGUGGAAGAUCGUAAGGGGAUGAUGGCUUCUUUACCUGCGAAAGACGAAGGAACCACUGGAGAAAAAUCUAUUGAUAUUGAUACGCUCAUUCAAAAGAAAGAUAAAUUUUUCCCAGAUAGUGAAACUUCUCAUCAGUUAUUUAAUGGAAUACCCUUCGUUGACUUGCCCAUAUGUAACAUCCGAGUAUCUCCUAAUAAUACCAUUAUAAAUGUAACGGAUAGCAAAGGCGUUCCUAGACUAAUUCGAUCCUGUGGUGUUGAAGGUUUUAAAAAUACUCGAAAGGGUACAAAUAUUGCAGCACAAGCCACAGCAAUAUCAAUUAGCGAAAAAGCUAUCGAAUUGGGUUGGAAGACAGUUCGAGUGAAAGUACGUGGAUUAGGCCCGGGUAGAAUGUCUGCUAUUAAGGGUUUACAAAUGGGAGGACUACAAAUAGUUUCUAUAACCGACACAACACCCGUAUCUUGGAAUCCUCCUCGUGCAAGAAAGCAAAGAAGCUUAUAAUGGAACUACAAAUCGCUUAUACUUUUUUUUAAAAUAAACCAAAAAGAAAAUAUGUGGGAUAUUCGCUUAGUCCAGGAAAAGCAAAAUAUGCAAAAAUUUGCCAGGGAAUUAGAGCUCUUCCUUCGCAUUACAGUUGCGGGCUCAAAGCAAAUAAAAACGAGCUGUGUACUAUAGCAAGCAUUUCAUUAACUAAGUUAAUAUUCUUAUUAGCAACUAAUGGUUCAUAAUUUUAAUAAUAAAUUAGCUUAAGACAAGUAUAUCAA